UUCUCAGUCUGCGCGCGUUUCCAUUGCUUGUUCCAUUCGCUUUUCCAAUAUUAGUGGUAGUUUAUAUUAGGGCGUUCAGUAUAAACGUAAAACAAAAACCGCCUUUGAAAGGCGCGAAAAGUAUACCAAUAGGCCUAUAGACACUAUAAAACUCAUAUUAUUUACGGUUUAUUUAGCAAAAUUUGAGAACCGUGGUAUAUUUCAUUUUAGAUUACUUCACACUCAGUAAAUACGUAUUUUAAUCAACUUCAAAUAUUUAAUAUAACAUGCUAUUGUGCUAUAAGAGAGAAUUUCUCCAAUACAUAAGUUCCCAGUCAAUAAUUAAACUUUCUUCAGUAACCUCGCUUAAGUUGGGUUUUCCCAUUAUCGCCCUGGGCACAUCCGCGCGUUGUGUGUUCAGAGAUGGUCCAAUGUAUGGUAUAUUAGCAUGUUUAUUUCAGUGAUCAAUUUGCAGUUUUAACAUGAGAUACAAGAUCACAAUAUUACGACCAGAGGCACAAUAUUUCUAUAGCUUACUAACACUGUCAGCUGCCAAAUAAAAUAUUGGAUACUCAUUGUAUAUUAUUCAUUAAUUUAAAAAAAAAAUGAAAGCGCGUAUAACAGUAGUGUUGUUUAAACAAGUUAUAAAGGCAGAUCAAGGUUAUCAUUGAUGUGUAACCCCAAUGAAUACGGGAACCAGUAUACAUAGAGCCCUCUUCCAUUAAAGUAAUACUUUAACUGUUUUUCUCAUUAAGAGUGAUAAUUAUUGUGACCACCACCAAGGUCCCAUGGACCUGUAACCACAUUCCUUACUUACUUGUCACAUCUCCAGCGCAUCGAUAAGAACUCUAUUCAAUUUCCAUCGUUUAUUAAUUCGAAUUUUAUGUUUAAUCCGACCUCUACGACUGGCUCUUUUUAGAUCGACCUGUGAAAGGUUGUAUAUCAGCAAGAAUGCAAAAAAUGCAGCAGAAUCAAGUAAAACAAUAUCAAGAAAUUAAGGUGGAAAAUGAAACAGGUUCAUCUGCAUCAUUCUGCACAAACGGCUGUGGCUAUCCUGUGCAGCGUGCAAGCAUGUGGCCGUCUACAAUAUUUGAUGAUAUGAAAAGUUAUCUAUCAUUACCAAAACCAGAAGACCAUUUGUUGACUUCAAAAACAAAAAGAGGUUCACCUGAUGAAAAUUGUUUACAGAUUCUGGCUCCAGGUCAUGAUACCCAUGAGGAUAAAAGUGUGACUCGAUACAAUGAAAGAGAACAACAAUAUAAACAAAUAUAUGAUUCAAAGAAACAGUUGAUGAUGAACAAGGAAGAGAUGGAACAUAAAUGUGAACAUUGCGGAGAGAAAUUUGAUUUACUAGGUUUGAAAACACAUGUGGGAAUUAAGAUAGAAAAGAGACAAUUUCAAUGCGACCACUGUGGAAUGGAAUUCGACUACAAAAGUGAAAUGGAAAGACAUGUGAUGGUACAUACGGGAAAGAAUCUAUUUGAAUGUAAAUAUUGUGCACAGAAAUUCAAGAGAAAUAGCGAUCUGAAAAUGCAUGUGAGGACACAUCCAGAAGAGGACGAUUCAUAUGAAUGUGAACACUGUGCAAAGAAGUUUUACAGCACUUAUCAUUUAAAAAGACAUUUGUUGGUACAUUCAGAAGAAAGACCAUACCAAUGUGAGCUUUGUGAAAAGAAGUUUAAGAGCGAUAGUGCAUUAAAAUCACAUUUAAUGACACAUAAAAGAAAGCAACAUACAGGAGAGAAAGUAUUUGAAUGUCAACAUUGUUCAAAGAAAUUACAGAGCAGUAGUCGAUUAAAAACACAUUUACUGGUACAUUCAGAAGAAAGACCAUAUCAAUGCGAGCAUUGUGAAAAAAAGUUCAAGAGUAACAGUACCUUAAAGUCACAUUUUAAGACACAUUCAGAGAUAAGACCAUUUGAAUGUGAAAUUUGUUCUAAGAAAUUUAUAAGAAAUAGUGAUUUAAAAACACAUUUGAUGAUACAUACAGGAGAGAGACCAUAUGAAUGUGAACAUUGUGGGAAGAAAUUUAUAAGAAAUGUUGAUUUAAGUAGACAUUUGAGGAGAUAUACAGUGGAGAAACAAUACGAAUGUGGACAUUGUGAAAAUAAAUUUACAAGCAUUUGCAGUUUGAAAAGACAUUUGAAAAUAACAUAUGAUUGUGAACAUUGUACAAUGAAAUUUACAAGCAGUUCCAGAUUUAAAAAACACCUGAGAAUACAUAGACGUGAACAAACAUAUCAAUGUGAACAUUGUGAAAAAAAAUUUAAAUGCAAUUUUCAUUUAAAAUCACAUUUGAUGAUACAUUCAGAACAGAAACCAUUUGAAUGUGAACAUUGUGCAAAGAAAUUUAAAAGAAGUCAUAAUUUGAAAGGUCAUUUGAGGAUACAUACAGGAGAGAAACUGUUUUUAUGUGAACAUUGUGGAAAGAAAUUUAUGACCAAUAGUAAAUUGACAAAGCAUUUCAGUAGGCACACAAGCGAAAAACCAUAUGAAUGUAAAAUUUGUUUGAAAAAGUUUAAGAGCAGCGGUGGUUUGUGUUCACAUUUGAAGUUACAUUCAGGAAAUGAAACAUAAGUGUGAACAUUGUGGAAAGAAAUUUAAGUGUAGUCGCGUUUUGAAAAUACAUUUGAGGACACACACUGGAGAAACACCUUUUGAAUGUAAGCACUGAGCAGUAAAGUUUAGAUAUGGCAGAGAUUUGAAAAAACAUUUGAUGAAUCAGCAUGAUUCACACUAGAAAUCUCUGACUUUUUUAGAACUAGAAAACUUGGAUAGCAGAAGAAUGAGCUCUAAUUAAAAUUGAUGGAACGUCCGCCCUCUCGAGAAUGGAGGAAAAUUAUUUGGUGGAGUGGAGGAACUAAUGAAACAAACGAAACAGAGUAUUAUCUUGAUUGAAAUUGAUUAAUAAAGAUAGACUGUUGGAUGGAGAAAAAUUGAUUUCAUGGACAGUCCACAUUAUUGUGAAUACACUGAUUACGCGAGGUUUGUUUACAGCCGUUCUUGUGACAAAUAGUGGGUGAACCAUUGAAAACAUUACAGUGCAAUCAGUGUGAAGGUAUAGGAAAGUGUAAUGUUAUGGUUUGAAAACAGCCACCCUCUCUUAACUCGAGAAAUAACUGGCAGGAAAAGGCUUUGUUCAAAAUAGUGUUUAUUUACUUAUUCUAGCUUUCUCCUUGCAUUUUAUGCUUCAAAAUUUAUGUGAUCUUUCGUAAACCUUAAUAGCUAGCCUGAAAAUCGUAGAGUAAUUCGCAGGUCGAAGACUUUCAUGCGUAACUAAAGAGGCUGUAGAUAUGCUAGGGCCUAGGCCCAACAUUUUUUGUAAAAUCCCAGUGUUUGGGGCCAGUAUCUUUUGGAGCAUUAGCAAACCUUUAGGCAAAAUUCUCAAGUUCAAUUUACAAUCAAUUUGGUACAGUUUAUUGGCGUCCCAACAAAGAUUAUUCAACAUCAUCUGUGCCUUACAGCAGAGGGAGGCCAACCUACUGACGCACAAUGGAUGUAUUUUCCCUUGAAAUAUGUCCAAGAUUAUCCCUAAUUCCUUGGAUGACUAUGGCCAAGAUUAUCCCUAAUUCCUUGGAUGACCAGUCACACAAAGUUUGUGUGGUGAAUUUUAGGACAUCAACAAUUGACGUAACUUGCAUCACGUUCAAAAGAACAAAUACAGCAAUUACUAUGAUUUUUAAUGCAGUAACAAGCGAUGGCAGCCAUAGCAAUGUCCAUGUAUGCCGCUGUGCCAGUCCAUUGUUUACAUCCAACACCCACAAUAUGUCACAUGACCGCAGUCGCGGGAUUGGUGUAUUGCUCUAUCUUCUAUUUAUGGUACUGAAAAAAUAUAUAUUUUAGAAUUUUAUAUAUUAUUUUUUCAUUUAUUUUUAGUAGUUUGUAGAUAUUGUUUGUAUUAUCUCAAAAUCAUGUUUUAUAUUGUAUGUAAGUGCACCAGCAACCAAACCAAGGUGAUAAUUUGCUUUAGCACAAAAUAAAAAUGCAAAGCUUCCCUCAAUCAUAACUUUUUUAGCCUAGAUAGGGUAAUAAACUUAUUUACACAAUAAGGCCUAACAUAUCUUGUUUGUACAGAAUACCAGUGUAUUACUAUUAUCCUGUCAUGGCCUGGUCACAUUUUGCAAGCACUGUGUUGCCGAGACAAUUGAUUCUGUCAAAAGUUGGUACGGUAUAGUCGAGGCAAUUCAACAGAAGGACGCACAUCUCGGCACAUCAAAGGUUAUAACUCUUGCAUCGACAUUCUAGGCGCACGUGCGUCCCUACAUGCUGAACGUCACAAAAACCAUAGCAACCAGACC